CAGCGGCCUCCACUUGCACCCGAGAGAUCCAAAUCGCGAGCGCCCCCAUCUCCACCCAAGGGCAGGAGGUCUCCCUACUCCGCGCGAUCCAAAUCGCCCCGCCUCCGCCGCCCCCGCCGCCGCCAUGGCCUUCCUCGCGCGGGCGCUCCGCCACUCCAAGCCCUACCUCUCAUCCUGCAACCCGUCGGUGGCCGCGUCCUACCGCUGGAUCUCCCCUACUGCCGCCUCGGGGUCGCCGGAGGCCGGCGCGGCCGUCGUGCCUGCCGACCCGGAGCUGCCGCCGCGGGAGCCCGUCGGCGACACGCGUGUCGAGCUGCCCAGCAACCUGGAGGACGUCCUCGAGGUGUUCGUCGAUGGGCACGCCGUCAAGGGCUCCUGCGACAUCCCGUGAUUCUGCUACCACAGCCGACUCUCCAUCGCCGGGAACUGCAGCAUGUGCCUCGUGGAGGUCGAGAAUCGCCGAAGCCCAUCGCCUCAUGCGCCAUGCCAGCGCUCCCAGGUAGCAUCAGGCGUUGCACGGAAGACAGCACGCGACAUCGACCAUUUCCUGGGUUACCUUGAGGGCAUAGAUCCCCUCCUCAUCAAGCGAGUGGCCUAACUAUCCAUGAUAUCACACAUUUCCAUCUUCACUAUGUCAUUAGGCGUUUUUCCUAACUACUGUAACUCUGCCCGGGCAUUCGGUCUGUUCGGUUUGCUCGGUCCGGUCUAUUCGGUCUUCACAAAUUUCGGUCAUCCAGAAAUACUACCCAAAAUACCUUCGGUCUUUUCGGUCUUUCUGUAUUCGGUCUUCGGUCUUUUCGGUCCGGUCUUCGGUCACGACCAUAUAGACCAAAUAGAGAAAAUGCGGCACAUGUAUCUAAGAAAUGGAAGCACAACAUGGUGAUUAUUUCAGGUA